AGGAAACCACGUGUGAUCGGCACCAUGUACAGCACUGUCCUUCCCUCAUCUGUAUACUUGUUUUUGUGAGCUUGUACCCUUCGCAUGUAGCCAGCUAGCCUGCGUUAGCCGGAGAAGCAGACUCUCUUUUUUUGUUGUUGUAUUUAUUCUACAGACUCGCAUAGUCAAGCAUCGCUGCUGCUGGAGGGGAUUUUUCUGCUGCCACACUGACUGCCGACCAUGGUGAGCAAGACAGAUGACAUCCCGGCGUCAGUGCCUAACUGUAAUCCGGUCGAUCUAGCGGACGAAGCAGGCGAUGGAGCCCAGGACAGCAACGAGACCAGCAAGACCCGUCUGAAGGACUCCUGCGGCUGUGGGCACAGUGCCGAUACAGCCAUGGUGAAUGGUGAUGGGGCUCAUGAGCACACAGAGGAGGCAGAUUCCAAGCAGGAUGGGAACAGUGAGACGGACGGAGGAGAUGAGUCUAACGAACAGGAAGUGAUAGUGAUCCAGGACACGGGCUUCACCGUCAAGAUCCAGGCGCCUGGAACGGAGCCAUUUGACCUGCAGGUGUCUCCCCAGGAAAUGGUCCAGGAGAUCCAUCAGGUGUUGAUGGACCGGGAGGACACCUGUCACCGCACCUGCUUCUCCCUGCAGCUGGACGGAAACGUGCUGGACAACUUCGCUGAGCUCAAGUCCAUCGAGGGCCUGCAGGAGGGCUCUCUGCUCAAAGUGGUGGAAGAACCGUACACGGUGCGUGAGGCUCGCAUCCACGUGCGUCACAUCAGAGACCUGCUGAAGAGUCUGGACCCCUCAGACGCCUACAACGGAGUGGACUGCAACUCCCUCUCCUUCCUCAGCAUCUUCACCGAUGGAGACCUCGGAGAAAGUGGUAAGCGGAAGAAAAAGGGCAACGAGCUGGAGCAGAUUGACUGCACCCCCCCGGAGCACAUCCUGCCUGGCAGCAAAGACCGUCCCCUGAUUCCCCUCCAGCCACAGAACAAGGACUUGAAACCUAUGCAGUGCCUGAAGGUCCUGACCAUGAGCGGCUGGAACCCUCCACCUGGAAACAGGAAGAUGCACGGCGACCUCAUGUACCUGUACAUGGUGACUGUGGAGGAGCGUCACAUCAGCCUCACUGCCUCUACGCGCGGCUUCUACCUCAAUCAAUCUACUACCUACACCUUCAACCCUAAACCAGCCAACCCCAGCUUCCUGAGCCAUUCUCUGGUGGAGCUGCUGAGCCAGAUCAGCCCUGCCUUCAAGAAGAACUUCACUGCCCUGCAAAAGAAAAGGGUCCAGAGACACCCGUUUGAGAGGAUAGCCACACCUUUCCAGGUGUACAGCUGGACAGCUCCGCAGGUAGACCACGCCAUGGACUGUGUGCGGGCGGAGGACGCCUACACCUCCCGCUUGGGUUAUGAGGAGCAUAUACCUGGACAGACCAGAGAUUGGAACGAGGAGCUGCAGACUACCAGAGAGCUUCCCCGGAAGAACCUGCCUGAACGCCUGCUGAGGGAGCGGGCCAUAUUCAAGGUCCAUAGUGACUUUGCAGCAGCUGCCACUCGAGGCGCCAUGGCAGUCAUUGAUGGGAACGUAAUGGCCAUCAACCCCGGCGAGGAAACGCGCAUGCAGAUGUUCAUCUGGAACAACAUCUUCUUCAGCCUGGGCUUCGAUGUACGGGAUCACUAUCGCGAGCUGGGCGGAGAUGCCGCCGCCCACGCUGCGCCCACCAAUGACCUGAAUGGAGUGCGGGCUUACGGCGCCGUGGAUGUGGAGGGGCUGUACACUCUGGGGACGGUGGUGGUGGACUACAGAGGCUACCGCGUCACCGCCCAGUCCAUCAUCCCGGGCAUCCUGGAGCGGGAGCAGGAGCAGAGCGUCAUCUACGGCUCCAUUGACUUUGGAAAGACGGUUGUGUCUCACAGCAAAUACCUGGAGCUUCUGGAGAAGACCAGCAGGCCACUCAAGGUCCACAGGCACAACGUGCUGAACGAGAAAGAUGAGUCCGUUGAGCUGUGCUCUUCUGUCGAGUGCAAGGGCAUCAUCGGAAACGAUGGCAGACACUACAUCCUGGACCUUCUUCGUACCUUCCCUCCUGACCUCAACUUCCUGCCUGUGGACGGAGAGGAGCUGUCUCCCGAGAGUCAACGCCAGGGCUUCCCCCGCCAGCACCGCCACCGCCUGGCUUGUCUACGCCAAGAGCUCAUCGAGGCCUUUGUGGAGCACAGAUAUCUUCUCUUCAUGAAGAUGGCGGCAUUGCAGCUCAUGCAACAGAAGGCAAACAAGGAGGCUAAGACUGAUUUACCCGCCAUCACAGAGACGGCCGAAGCACCCUCAGAAAGCACCGCUGACACAACCAAGACACAGACCGCUGCAUCAGAGUCUCCCAGUGCGACAGAGGCCUCCACGGACAGCACAAGCCAGACGGAGGACAACACCUCUGCUGCCUCACAGGAAACGACUGGCGGUGAAGAAAACUCCUCAAAGCCCGCAACAAACGGGCCUGUAGAACCCGCAGCCACCCUAAAUGGGGAAUGCAAGAGCCCACUGGAGGGUAAGGAUCUUGAGGAAAGUAUUCCAGGAUUAGCUCAGGCCAAAGAGCUGGCAGAGACCUUAGUUGCCGAAGAUGGAUCUUGUAUUGAUCCCAAAAGCCGCGAGGUUGUCCUCAAUGCCUGCAAGGCCGUUGGCUCCAUCAGCACCACAUCUUUUGACAUUCGCUUCAACCCUGACAUCUUCUCCCCGGGAGUACGUUUCCCAGAUGACAGCACAGAUGAUGUCCAGAAGCAGAAGCAGCUUCUCAAAGACGCCGCUGCCUUCCUGGUGUCCUGUCAGAUCCCAUCACUGGUUAAAGACUGUUUGGACCAUAGCGCUCUGCCCAUGGAUGGAGCCACACUGACCGAGGCCUUGCGACAGAGAGGCAUCAAUAUUCGCUAUCUGGGCACCGUUCUGGAGUUUGUGGACAAGACCCCGGCCAAAACCCAGCUGGAGCACUUCUAUAGAAUAGGAAUCAGUGAGCUGAUCACCAGAUGUGCAAAACACAUCUUCAAGACGUACCUCCAGGGUGUGGAGUUGUCUGCUCUUUCUGCUGCUGUAAGCCAUUUCCUGAACUGCUUCCUGAGCUCCUUCCCCGACGCCGUCGCCCACCUGCCUCCUGACGAGCUGGUGUCUCGCCGUAAAAGCCGCAAACGUCGCAACAGGGUCCCCGGCAGCGGUGACAACACGGCGUGGGCCAGCCUGACACCCAGUGAGCUGUGGAAGAACAUCGCCUCUGAGGCAAAGAGCUACUAUCACUUCACCGUACACUGUGAAAGUGUGGACCAGGUGGUGGAGAAAUACGGCCUCCAGAAAACCACUCUGCUCAGAGAGAUUUCAGUCAAAACUGGCAUCCAGAUUCUGAUAAAAGAGUAUAACUUCGACAGCCGUCACAAGCCUGCCUUCACAGAGGAGGACAUCCUCAACAUUUUCCCUGUUGUGAAGCACGUGAACCCCAAAGCCUCAGAUGCCUUCCACUUCUUCCAGAGUGGACAGGCGAAAGUGCAGCAAGGUUUCCUGAAGGAGGGCUGUGAGCUGAUCAACGAGGCUCUGAACCUCUUUAACAAUGUGUACGGAGCCAUGCACGUGGAGAUCUGUGCAUGCCUGCGCCUGCUGGCACGCCUUAAUUACAUCAUGGGAGACCACCCUGAGGCUCUCAGCAACCAGCAGAAGGCUGUUCUGAUGAGUGAGAGAGUCCUCGGCAUCGAGCACCCCAACACAGUUCAAGAAUAUAUGCACUUGGCUCUGUACUGCUUUGCCAACGGCCAGCUGUCGACCGCCCUGAAGCUGCUUUAUCGCGCCCGUUACCUCAUGCUGCUGGUUUCUGGGGAGGACCACCCAGAGAUGGCACUGCUAGACAGUAACAUUGGGCUGGUGCUACACGGAGUGAUGGAGUAUGAUUUAUCACUGAGAUUCCUGGAGAACGCCUUGACGAUCAACACAAAGUACCAUGGACCCCGGUCCCUUAAAGUGGCCCUCAGUCAUCAUUUGGUUGCGAGGGUUUACGAGAGCAAGGCCGAGUUCCGCUCUGCGCUGCAGCAUGAGAAGGAGGGUUACACCAUUUACAAGAACCAGAUGGGCGAGGCUCAUGAGAAGACCAAGGAGAGCUCAGAGUUCCUGAAGUAUCUCACCCAACAGGCUGUGGCUCUGCAGAGAACCAUGAACGAGAUCUACAAGAACGGCUCAAACGCCAGCAUCACGCCCCUCAAGUUCACCGCUCCCAGCAUGGCCAGUGUGUUGGAACAGCUCAACAUUAUCAAUGGGAUCAUCUUUAUACCACUCAGCCAAAAGGAUCUGGAGAACCUGAAGGCAGAGGUUCAGAGGCGGCAGCAGCUGCAGGAGCUGGGAAAGAUCGAGGAGCCCACUGAGGACCGACCACUGGAACUAGAGGACAGAAUUCCCAUUGAUUAAUAUAUACAAGCCCUCAACCCAGCUACUUUCUGCUAUGGGGGGGGGGGGCAGGAGAGCCACGUCACUGAGCCUGUGGACCCGAGAACCGAGCGGUCUAAAUCAGCAUUGAAAUAAACGGGGAGGGAUGGGUCAGGGCAGUCCAGACAACAAACUGCAUCAACUGUAGGACAAAGGAUACAGAGCUGGAAUUUCCUACGAGGUAGGGAGGGAGGGGAAGAAACAAACAUAGAAUCAAUGUAGAAGUGCAGUCUGAAAAAAAUCCCCGGUCCAAGAAACCUGGUGAUGUGAACUCACUCAGGUGUUAGCUGCCAAGAAAUAUGAUUGCACAUGAGAGAAUGGUUGCAGCCGGGGCAGUGAGACCAAGGAUGACCAUGACAUUGUAUACCAGAGCCUUAUCCAUUGUAUCAUAUCCCCCACCCCCCCCCCCCCAAUAAUGCUUCUUCUCAGCUCAAACUUCCCACAGCACUGUUAGCCCAGGACCAGAUUUUGCCCCACCAUUCCCUAAAGAUCCUCAAAGACCUCCCCCCCGCCCACCGGGGAUGUAGCCACCCCACCCCUCCAACGGUGCUCUCUAAAUGAUAAAGCACCCACCCUGUCCUAGAACUCAGGGGUACUUUCUACUGUGCACUAGAACCAGAAUACAGUCACUAAAUUUAAGAUUUCCCAAGCGGGGCUUCAGAAUGUAAAUUCCCUUCUUCGUGGCUUCUUUGAGCCACUUCGCAGCAGUCACCCAUCACUGUUGCACGUCCCCGAUGGUUAAUUAAUUUAAUCGUUCUAUCAUUUGUACUCACGACAUCCCAGGUGGGUGCCUGCUGUGUCCUCUGGUUCCUGUUUCUCCAAGCAAGCAAAACAAUACAGUGACACAUUAGUGAGCAUUCAACCGGUUUGAUUUCAUUUGCUGGAGUUUUUUUAAAUUUUUUUUUUUAGUACAUAUAAUGGAGUUUGUAAAUGUGCACAGGAGAAUUAUGAAAAGGGUUUUAGGCCUGUUGAUCAUCAAUUAAUUUAAGCCAUGUCUGUUUUAUAGAAAAUGUAUAGAAGUGGAAAAAAAGAUGUAUAAAUCUCUAUCGGAUUUAGACAGGUCCUUGAUUGAUGUUUAUGGAAAACGCAGAUUUGAAACGUCCACCUUUAAGCAGUAAAUUUAUCUAUCUAUAUACUAGCUGUGUUCAAUCUUCUAUUUUUACACAUUGAAAGAUUAUGUGCAUGUAUGUUUGUGUGUGUGACAGUGUGUGUGUGUCUUUGUGUAGUCCAACAGAAAAUCUAUUGGCCAGGGCUGUCGCUGCUUUUGCUGCUGCAUAGUUUUGAAUAGGGGCUAAGCGAACAUUGGCUUUCCAAAUGUUUUAUUUUUCUACGCAUAGUAAACCUGUUGGAAGGCUGAUGCCUCUUUUCGCAACACAUUCAUGGCCACCAAUGUUGUAAAUCUGUUACUGUAUGAAUUGGUACUGAAAUGAACCUCUUCUCAUCACUGGACAGGUGCUCAGCAUUGGCAGUAGUGACUGAUUUAUUUUCAUUUUUGGGUCAGCUUUUCAUGUGUAACGAAGAGAUAAGAAAAAAUAGCCAGCAGUGUCUGUUCAUUGAGCAGUAUUUAGUGCACUUUCUCGGGCUGUUUGGAUGUGUGAUGGCGACCACAGCACCACCAAAAGUGGACGAAAGAAGCGCUGCUUCAAUGUGAUGUACCAAAAAGAGGUUUGUUUGCGCUUGUGUACAUGCAAUGUAUCCCUCCCAUGGCAAUUUGUUACUUAAUUGUUGCCGUGUCUAAAUGUAUGUGAUUAAAGCAAUAGAGAGAUGGUGCUGGAACUUUUACUUGGCACAAGAUGUGUGAGAUUGAUUCCUCACUGUAUGGGCUGAAUUACCUGAAAAAUAGGGAGCUGUAUAAAAACAAAACAAAGGGCUGGGUGAAUAUUUUUUAUUACAGCUAUUUCCUGAUUGUGCUCCUUAAACAUGUCUUGACAUCAAUAGCACAGCAUGGUGUGUAUUGUGCCUAUUAUUAUUUAUGCUUCUGAACGGUAACUAGGGUGAUGACGGUGAAUAACUUUCUGAGUUUCUGUUUUUCCUAAAAUAAUUGUUCAAGUUUCUUUAUUGACUUUGGGUUAUUUUUUUCCCCCCUGAUACCAAAGUCUCAAUCAACAAAUACCAACAGUGUCCACAAGGUUGCGCCCUAACAUUUAUCAUGAAGGACGUGUGGUGACGGGAGUAAUUGCAGUGCUGGUCCAUGUAUAAUCAAAUGCUUCAGUUGACUAUGACAAAUUAAAAUAAGGGAAUCUUUUGCAUUUUUUUCCCCCUCAGAUUAUUAAAAAUAUAGCACUAAAUUACAAACUACUUCCUGUUAAUCAUGUUCUGAACCUGUUAAUCCCACCACCUUGUUUGGUAAUGUUAAUUGUUUAAGAUAUAGAAGAAGCUCUUUCAGAAUGAUCAAACAAUUGAUCUGCAAAGAUCUUUUAAUCUUUUAACCCGGUGCUACGGUUUGGUAGGCGGCCCUAAUCUCACUCCACUAAAGCUCAGUGUUAACAUUUCUGUUUUGAAUAGAGUAGCUGUUUAACGUUUUAGAUGUUAUUUCAUGUUAUUAAGAACGUUAGGAUCGAAACUGGAAAAAAUCAAGAAGACCUAUGGUGGAGUAAUUAAGUGUAUGCUUUCACCCAUAAUUUGCAUACACUAGUAUAACAAUUUCAGCUUCUUUCCAAUCUGAAUGUGUGAAAUACAAUACAAAUGUGGAAUAUGUAUAUUAACUGAAUAUAAAGACAGAAAAUAUUCCUUUCAUUUAAAGAUAUGAAUAUCCUGUACAAAAUAACACUUAAAGGUCUGGGUUUGGGAGGGAAGAGUAAUGUCUACCCCAAAAUGUUAUAAAUGCAAUUUGCUGCCCAGUGUUGCAUAUAUUGUCUGGAAAUGAUUGUUUGAAAGUUUUGCGCUUUCUUAGCUGAUAAAAUUUUCUUCUGGUCAAAGGCUUCGUAGCUCAAAUGUUUGACUCCACUUCCCCUGAUGAUGUGUGGUGUUUGUGUGUUGUUCUUUACAAAAUAAUCAUAUUUUGGUUUGAGUAUGCUUUUAUAUUAAAAUGAAUAAAAUAAACCUAGCUUUGUUUGGGGGUACUGAUAACUCAACAAGUAACGAGAUAUUUUACUUAAGUAAAAGUAGUAACGCCACUGUUGGCUUAUUAACUCCUGUCAGUGUGUAGUUUUGUAUUAUUACUGAUGCAUUAUCGUAUAAGAUGCAUGAUAUUAUUGUUUUUGC